CAUGUGACGUAACGUGUGGUAAGGGACGACAACUUCGUACAAGAAGAUGUACGAAUCCAAUGCCCGAGAAUAAAGGAAUGGAUUGUAUUGGGGAAAGUUUACAGAGUAGUCAAUGCUUCCUAGAAAACUGUUCAAUCGAUGGUCGAUGGGCGCAUUGGUCAAGUUGGACUUCAUGUGACGUAACGUGUGGUACGGGAAGACAACUGCGUACAAGACGGUGUACAAAUCCAAUGCCCGAAAAUAAAGGAAAGGAUUGUAUUGGGGAAAUUUUGCAGAGUAGUCAAUGCCUACGAGGAAACUGUUCAACAUUUAGGUCUGCAUUCUCGGUGAAAUCUCCAAAAACCUACGUCAGCAUCAAUGGAAUUUACAAACUGACGUUUUCUUAUACCAUUUACCAGUAUGGCAAUGAUUUUAGUAUCUCGACAGGAACUAAUACAUGUAGCAAAUCCGGCGUGUACCAUUUUUCUGUAACAUUGGUAAAGGAACGGUCAACACCAAGGGUUGAUUGGGUUACUUGUCAUCUUUACAAGAAUAGACGGGAUCUGAUUUACAUAAGAGUUGAUCCAACUGAUGUUGAUACAGAAGACGGUCAUGCUGCUAUAUCACAGUCUAUUGUGACUUAUCUUGAUGUCGGGGACACUGUGUACCUAACUAGAUGCAGCCAUCCAAGCACAACCAUGGCAUAUUGGUCUUCGUUUACUGGAUUUCUCCUAUAUGACAAUAAUUAAAUUUUGUAUUUGUUCGGGAAAAAAUUGUUCUUAAUUUCACAUAAUCUGAUUAUGUUAUUAAAGGUCAUGUCUAUUCGUGAAAUAAAUAAAUUUGAGUACAA